GGACAACAGCUUUGGUUUAAUCCUCCAAGAUGACGGCAUUGCGUUAGGCAAACAUUUCCGCAUUAUCCGCGGUGAUUUGCCUACGAGUGAGGUGAAGAAGAGAAGCCCUGCGUGUGACCAUGGCAAGUUUGGAAGCCGAGCACAGCACCCUGCCAGAAGCCAUGGAGGAGGAAGAUGAUCCCCUAUUCAGCAACCUGGACCUCUUCCUCUUCACCCUCAUCAUCGGCCUCAUCGUAUACUGGUUCAUGUCCCGCAAGAAGGCUGAGCCCAUCCCGGAGUUCAAGAAGCUGGACCAACCAAUGCCAAUGACUCGAGAGACAAGUUUUAUUGAGAAGAUGAAAAAAACGGGCAGGAACAUCGUGGUGUUCUAUGGCUCUCAGACGGGCACGGCGGAGGAGUUUGCCAACCGGCUAUCCAAAGAUGCCCAGCGCUACGGCAUGAAGGGCAUGGCCGCUGACCCAGAGGAAUAUGACAUGUGUGAGCUGUCUCGGCUGUCUGAGAUCGACAACUCCCUGGCCAUCUUCUGCAUGGCCACUUAUGGUGAGGGGGACCCCACUGACAACGCCCAGGACUUCUAUGACUGGCUGCAGGAGCACGACGGGGAGCUCGAUGGAGUCAACUACACGGUGUUUGCAUUGGGUAAUAAGACGUAUGAACACUACAAUGCCAUGGGUGUGUAUGUGGACAAGAGGCUGGAGGAACUGGGAGCCAAGAGGGUGUUCGACCUUGGCAUGGGGGAUGAUGAUGGCAACCUGGAGGAGGACUUUGUGACAUGGAGGGAGCAGUUCUGGCCAGCUAUGUGCGAGCACUUUGGAGUGGAGGCUUCAGGAGAGGACUCCAGCAUUCGUCAGUAUGAGCUCAAGGAGCACAAUGACAUCAACAUGAACAAGGUGUACACAGGGGAGUUGGGCCGUCUGAAGAGUUUUGACAUCCAGAAACCGCCUUUUGAUUCCAAAAACCCCUUCCUGGCUCCAGUCACUGUGAACCGCAAGCUCAACAAAGCAGGGGACCGGUAUCUCAUGCACCUCGAACUGGACAUUACCGGCUCCAAGAUGAGGUAUGAUUCGGGAGACCAUGUUGCAGUCUACCCCACCAAUGACACAACCAUUGUGACCAAGCUGGGACAGGUCCUCGGUGUGGACCUUGACACUGUUAUCUCCCUCAACAACCUUGACGAGGAGUCCAAUAAGAAGCAUCCAUUCCCCUGCCCCACCACAUACCGUACGGCUCUGACCCACUACCUGGACAUCAUGCAUCCGCCUCGCACCAAUGUUCUGUACGAGCUGGCCCAGUACGCCACUGACAUCAAAGACCAGGAGAACAUGCGCAAGAUGGCUUCAUCUUCUCCUGAGGGAAAGGCUCUCUACCAGAGCUUCGUGCUGGAAGACCACAGGAACAUCCUGGCCAUCCUGGAAGACAUACCGUCUUUGCGGCCUCCUAUCGACCACCUGUGUGAGCUCCUGCCCCGUCUGCAGGCUCGUUACUACUCCAUCGCCUCCUCCUCUAAGGUCCACCCUAAUAGCAUCCACGUCUGUGCUGUGCUGGUGGAAUAUACCACAAGGACAGGGCGCCUAACCAAGGGGGUGGCCACCAACUGGCUGAAAAACAAAGUAGCCGGGGACAACGGCCACAAGUCCAUAGUCCCCAUGUACAUCCGUAAGUCCCAGUUCCGCCUGCCCUUCAAAGCCAGCAACCCGGUCAUCAUGAUCGGCCCUGGGACCGGCAUCGCUCCCUUCAUUGGCUUCGUCCAGGAGCGAGGGUGGCUCAAAGAGCAAGGCAAGGAGGUCGGGGAGACUGUGUUGUACUUUGGCUGCCGGCACAAGAAUGAAGACUACCUGUACCAGGAGGAGUUGGAAGAAGCUGAGAAGAAAGGGGUGAUCACACAACUUAAUGUGGCUUUCUCUCGGGACCAGGAGCAAAAGGUCUACGUGCAACAUCUCCUGAGGGCCAACAAAGAGGACCUGUGGAGGCAGAUCCACAAAGACAACGCCCACAUCUACAUCUGCGGGGAUGCACGGAACAUGGCCAGGGACGUGCAGACGGCCUUCUAUGAGAUCAUAGAGGAGCUGGGAGGCGUGACGCGUGCUCAGGCCACCGACUAUAUCAAGAAACUCAUGACCAAGGGACGCUACUCACAGGAUGUCUGGAGCUAAAAGGAAAAAUUGUGGAUUGUGUUGUUUUUUUUUAUUUUGUUUGUCAGCAACUGUGAAAAUGGCUCAUCAACCCUGGCACUGGAGAGCAAUGGGGUGUCCUGGCUUUUGUUCUCUCCAAGCACUAAAUCAUCUGAUUCUAUUUGACAGCUUUAUCAUCAUGAUCCUAAUUAGUUGAGUUUGGUGUGCUCGUGCUUAGCUGCAACAAAAGCCUACCUGCUCUCCAGGCCCGGGUUUGCUGACCACCGGCUGGGGAUAUUUCUGCCUCUAUCUCUGGUUUUUAUUCCAAGGAGCAAGACAAGCCCUCACCAAUGCAGUACAUUCUCCAUUCAAAUGAUUUAUUGCCACUCUGUCCCUUGUCCAUCUGCUUGGACAUCAAAUGUGGGAUCACAUCAGCGUUGUGACAGAACUGUGGUUUCGCAGGUAGAGUGUUUGAUAAUUACAUACUUUAGCUGUGUAUAAUUGGACAGUGCAGACUGAGCGAGUGUCUUGAAUACAAAGCUAUUAUACGACCCUGGUCUCUGUAAGGAGUUGGCUUAAUGGGUAUUGAAGUGUUUUCAGAACGAGUUAGAUAUUUUUUGAAUUGUGAAAAAUAUGAUGGGAGAUUUUAUUUUUUGUAUAGGAAAUCAGUAAUUAAAAGUUAUUUUAAUGUUUUAACUUUUCUUUUUGACAAGGGACAUAGCCAUUUAUGCAAUAAGGAUGUUAACUUCACAUAAUCCUAAUCAAUCACAGUAACCCUUAGCGAGGUAUGAGUAAAUGUUGCAGUUUAGUUAAGGACAAAUAACGAACUUAUUUUCCAAAAGACUGCCUUUUAAAAAGUAGAAAGUGUUUUUAGUCGGCUUUUAGUAUUUGUAGACAUAAUGCUAGGGGAUGAUUGGGGUGGGGACGAGACUAGUAAGGCUGCAGAAGUGUUGGUACAAUUAUAUGCCUAUCUUGACUUAUGCACCAUUCAAAUUGGCAUAUUGUUUGUCGUGCAAACCUAGCACUGGACCCUAAGAAUGCAGAAGUUUACACACAGUUGGCAUUGUCUGAGUCAGCUGUAUGUUGUUUUUUUUCUUUGUACUAUUGCCCACUAAUCACUGUGCUGGAUGACAUCUCAUAUGAAUGUUAAAUGGGAUGGAUUCUGCCUAAACUUGUCGAUCUUUUUGACUUUCUCACAUUUAAAUUUUGUGUCAUAUUGUUUGUUCACAAAUGUAAAAUAAGGACGAGGUUGUCAAUGUGUGGAAAUCAAACUGGUUUUGUCCCAUCUGCAAAGCAUAGCAAUUUGUAAAUGUAGUGUGUGCCUUAUUGAAUGUAGUGCCUGACAUAAAUUAAGGGGUUUGAGUCAUUACUGAUUCAGUUUCCAAACAUCUUUUAGCUGUGACCCCAUUUUACUAUUAAAAAAUAUUUGACCGCAUAAGUUUCCUAUUGUAACUAUGACGGUCAAAUUGUGUUUUACCGAUGUGUAAUAUUUAAAUCGGAAGUGUGGUACGGAAUGCGUUAGAAAGGAAAACAUCAAGGAUUAUCAGACAAUUCUUGUAUAGAAAAGAAUGUUACCACAAUUUAAAAGUAUGCAUGAAGAGGUUUCCACCUCUUUAGCAGAGCAUCAUGACUUGGUGCACAUAAAAUGUACUUUGAGUUACAUUUUUUGUAUUUACCAAAUAAAAAUAUAUACCAUU